UAUGUUAAGCGAUAAGCCUCAUCGAAUCGGCACGGGUUGACACGUCAGCCCUAACGAAGAUAUGGUCCCAUGUACCAGGAUUUAUACUGAUGCCUUGGAUCGUAACAUGUGACAUGUAAGAUGAUGAUUGAGUCAAUUGACGUGUUGUUGUAGGUAGGUAAAUAUAUUAUAAGAAAGAAUGCCUUCGCCAAAAAUUGCCAUCAUAGGAGCUGGGCCAGCCGGUUGCAUGUUAGGCCGGAUAUUGUCCUUAUCCAAUAUCCCCUUUAUCAUCUACGAAAGCGACGUGAGUCCGAAUUAUCGUUCCCAGGGGGGCUCGUUAGAUCUGCACCAUGGGACAGGUUUGGCGGCCAUGAAGGACGCUCAAUUAUGGGAUGAGUUCAUGAAAUACGCCCGCUUUGAUGGCGACUACCUCAUGAUGGCGGACAAGGAGCUCAAGCCCUUCAUCCAGCUAGGGCCCAGCAGCAAGCUAAGCGAGCGGCCCGAAAUCGACCGGGCACAGCUCCGACAGCUCCUCACAGAAUCUCUCCCGGACGGCUGUAUUAAAUGGGGGCACCGCCUACAGCGUGUUGAGGAUGGGAAUGUCUUGGUAUUUGAGCACGGCACGGAGUCGGGUUACGACCUCGUCAUUGGGUGCGAAGGAGCUUGGAGCAAAGUACAGAGCUACAUCGAGCCGGCAGUGAAACCACAUUACACAGGCCUUGGAGGUCACCAAUUACGGAUCCCGGACGCUGCCCACAACGCACCGAACGUCUACAAAACCGUGAACCGGGGAAGUGUGUUCGCUAGUUCGAAUGGACAGCGGAUGAUGAUACAACAACUGGGAGAUGGAAGCCUUAGCGCCGCAUGGCUCACACGUCGUCCAGAAGACUGGGCGCAGACAUGCGGAUAUGACCCACAUAACUUCGAGGAGGUAAAAAAAGCUAUCCUAGAGGAGAUGCAUGAUUGGGGUCCAGAUGCCCGUGAAGCUAUCGAGAGGACGCAGGAAUGCACAGGUGAUCCGAGAAAACUCUACAUGCUACCUGUAGGUUGGCAAUGGGAGCAUCGCCGCGGUGUUACUAUUAUCGGCGACGCAGCACACUUGAUGACUCCUUUCGGUGGCGAAGGGGUGAACGUCGCCCUUGAUGACGCCCGAAAGCUCGCUGCUGCAAUCACUAAAGUAGUACAGUCAGGGGGCGGACUAGACGAACUCGACAAGGAAGUGCAAAUAUUCGAGAAGGCAAUGUUCCCCCGUAUGGAAAUAUAUAACCGGCAGGCAGAUGAAAUGAUGAAGCUUUGGUUCUUCAGCGAGGGUAACAUGAGGGAUGUCAUACCCAAGGUAAUGUUCGGUCACGCCAAAGUCCGGUUGCCGACGGUGAUGCAUCCUGUAGCUUGGGGUCUGGUGAAUUUAUACUGGUUUCUCAAGACCCGAUUUUAUGGGUAGGUAAGCCCCGCGCAUUUGUGAUGAUAUGGCAUUCGGUGUAAUGUUAUUGUUAGAGGCAUGGGGAAGGUAUAUCAAGAAUGGGACUCCCUCUCGUACGGUGAGAAUUUCACUCAUAUGACUGUAUUCUAUAUUGGGUUAUUUCACAGGUAGCAUAUCAUAAUUAUCGUGUCGCAACAAGCACAGACGCCCCUUGCAUACUAGCCAAGGAGAACAGGC